AUGGCAGCAUCGAGCUCAUCAGGCAGAAUACCUCAAGGAGAGGUGAUAAUGGAUUUUGCUGACGGCGGACAGUAUAUUAAACACAAACUCGAGAACGCAGUAUUGGAAAUUGAAAGGCGUAAAAUAACGAAAGAAGAAGGAUUAAAAGCUCAAAAAGCGAUGGAAGCUUUAGACGUUAAACCUAGUACUACUGGGUCAGGCGUGAAAUCUGAAGAUGUAGAUUUUAUCGUCGCUCAAGUCGGAUGUUCAAAAGAAAAAGCUACAGAAGCUCUAAAAGCUGAAAAAGGGGAUUUGGUCAAAGCCCUGAUAAAGAGUAUUCAACCGAAACCUAGAGCUAGAUCUGUAGAUGGUGGAGCAGAGAUCAAGAAGUAA